UCAGAACAAGAAUAAGAAUGGAACAAGAAGAAUUUAAGACAGUUAAACAAUAGGUUAGCAGGAAAUCUAGUUGCGACGAAAUUUAAGCAUCUUGCUCACAAUGUCAAAUCAAAAUGAAACUCUUCAUCUCAUGUCGAUUCAACCAAUGAAAUUAAAUAAAAAAAAACCCAAUUUAGUCUAAAGAUUAAAACCUUUUGUGUCCUUCCUUUUUUGCUUUUAUAAAAUCACAGGAUCAAAGGAGAGAGAUUUUUUUCCUUUUAUUUUUCCCCGGGAAAUUGAAAUUUCUCGUUCAGUUUCAAGUCUUUUUCCCUCCUCGUUUUCUAUCAUUUUCCCUUUAGAAAAGGCUAUCACGAAGUUAACUCUCUCAUAGAAAGCAUAAAAUCAUUUGCUCAGGUUUUCAGUUGAAGAGGAGGAGGUGAUUUUCUCGUGAUUGAGAGUCCUUUUCAAAUACACUUUCAGCUUCUAUCAUUUCUUGCUCAGUUGUUGGCAAUCAUCUUUCCGUUCAGGUCUUUAUGCUGAGGGUCUCUCUUUGUUUUAUGGAGAAUUGGCAACUGAAUGCCUGCUAAAUAACGCUCAAAGGCUUUUGCAAUCUGAAUUGUCCAGAGUUUUGUUGUGAAUAUACAGUCAACUUUAAAUAGAAUGGGGAUCUUCACACACAGUACGGUUAGUAGAAAGCCGAAUGAGAGCAUGAGGCUUAUUGUAACAACAUUUGUUGGAAUAGUUUUUGGCUUCUUCAUAGGACUAUCUUUCCCAACUUUGUCAUUAACAAAGCUCAAUCUAUCAUCCAGAGUUCUUACUACCAUUGAUUUCAAAUACACUGAGUACAAAAAGUCAGGCCCCUCAAGUUCAAGUUCUGUGCCACCUUCAAUUGGUAAUAAUGGCAGCUCUGUUAAUGUCACAUCAAAGAUUUGGGUCCCAUCAAAUCCUCGAGGUGCUGAAAGACUACCACCAGGAAUUGUUAGAGCUGAGUCAGACUUAUACUUACGUAGAUUGUGGGGCAAACCUAGUGAGGACUUGACUAGCACGCCAAAAUAUCUUGUGACAUUUACUGUUGGUUAUGAUCAACGAAAGAAUAUUGAUGCAGCAGUUAAAAAGUUUUCAGAGAAUUUUACUAUCCUUCUCUUUCAUUAUGACGGUCGAACAACUGAAUGGGAUGAGUUUGAGUGGUCUAAGCAGGCAAUACAUGUGAGUGUUCGGAGGCAGACUAAAUGGUGGUAUGCCAAGCGGUUUUUACACCCUGACAUUGUGGCACCAUAUGACUACAUAUUUAUCUGGGAUGAGGACUUGGGGGUUGAACAUUUCAAUGCAGAAAAAUACAUUAAACUGGUGAGGAAGCAUGGACUGGAGAUUUCACAGCCUGGUCUGGAACCGAAUAAACAGUUAACCUGGCAAAUGACAAAGAGAAGAGAUGAUUGUGAAGUUCACAAAGAAACAGAGGAGAGACCGGGCUGGUGCAAUCGUCCACAUCUUCCUCCUUGUGCAGCGUUUGUUGAGAUAAUGGCUCCUGUGUUCUCACGAGAUGCAUGGCGGUGUGUAUGGCAUAUGAUUCAGAAUGACUUGGUUCAUGGCUGGGGUCUUGAUCUUGCCCUCAGAAAAUGUGUAGAGCCCGCCCAUGAGAAGAUAGGCGUUGUAGAUUCCCAGUGGAUUGUUCAUCAAUCUCUUCCCUCUCUUGGGAGCCAGGGAGAAGCACAAAAUGGGAAGGCACCAUGGCAAGGGGUAAGGGAGCGAUGUAAAAAGGAAUGGACGAUAUUUCAAACGCGGUUUUCAAGGGCGGAGAGAUCAUACUUCAAGGAGAUAAAUUCAACGUUUCAUAGGACAACAAACUAGAAAGCUGACCGGUGUACAUUAAUUAUUACUACACAGAUUUUUUCUUAUUCACAUAAAAUCUGUAGAUACCAACAUUAUGGAGCUGUAACCAUUGUUUACUAAUAAUCACAACUUUUUCAUAUCGCCUCAAAUGACAA